AUGGCCAUAUUCAAACGGUUCAGCUCUUCCGGUUCCGCUGGUGUGCUUAUGAAAACCGCACUGUUCGACCUUCAUGUGAAAUUGGGAGGUAGUAUGGUACCAUACGCAGGAUACUCAAUGCCUGUCAAGUAUUCUCAACAGACUCAUAUCGAAUCGCACAAUUGGACUAGAAAUCAUGCAGGUUUGUUCGAUGUAUCGCACAUGCUUCAAAGCACUUUAAGGGGACAAGAUGCUACCAAAUUCUUACACAAGAUUACUCCCACGGAUUUCCAGAAUCUACCUGCGGGCCAGGGAACUUUAUCAGUCUUAUUAAAUGAGGAAGGUGGGAUCGUGGACGACACUUUAGUCACAAAGAUAGCUGAAAAUGAAUUUAGAAUCGUUACCAACGCCGGAUGUGUCGAUCAAGACGUGGCCUUCUUGAAGCAGCAGAUUCAGGGCUUCGCCUGUGAGUGGGAACCAGUUCCAGAACGGUCUCUACUGGCGCUCCAAGGGCCGGAGGCUAAGGACACGUUGGGGUCCAUCAUCGAAGAGGGCCCCGAGUCCCUAAAGGACCUGUAUUUUGGCCAAACCAGACGUUACACUAUAGGCGGUGUUGCAACACCGUUCCAAGUAGAUGUGGCGCGUUCUGGUUACACUGGUGAAGACGGUUUCGAGAUCUCAGUGUCCAAUCAGGACGCAAUGACGCUUGCCUCGAGUAUCCUGGCCGACCCUUCUGUUCGCGCCAUUGGUCUGGCCGCGAGGGAUAGUUUGCGGCUGGAGGCUGGUAUGUGUUUAUAUGGGCAUGAACUAGACCAGACAAUCACACCCGUGGAGGCUGCCCUCACUUGGUUGGUAUCUAAGACUCGCAGGGAUGGUUCUUUGGGAAAAUUCAACGGAUUUGACCGCAUCAUGGACCAAAUCAAAAACAAGUCCGCGGCAAAGGCUCGCGUGGGCUUCAAGUAUCUGGGGAGGGGACCAGCUGCUCGCCAAGGUUGUAUCAUUUUAGCCGAGGACGGCGAAACUGUUGUUGGCAGCGUCACUUCCGGAAGUGCAUCCCCCUCGCUCGGUGGGAUUACCAUCGGCCAGGCCUACGUUGCAAAGAGAUAUCGCAAAGCUGGUACAAAAUUGUUUGUGAGUGUGCGUAACAAGAAAUUUCCCAUCGAAGUAGCGCGUCUGCCGUUCAUUCCCAAUGGAUUUUACAAGCCAACCUAA